UCGGAGCCGAGAGGGUCAGGUGGAGGAGAGGCAAGGGAGCGUGUGGAGCGAGAAGAGAAGGCAGGAGCAGACCCUCCACAGGGCCACUCGUUUUUUUUUUUUUUUACCCGGACCAUCCUUUCUGGCACGGCUAGGCUACAAAUGCUCCUCCACCCGGGCCGCACCGACGCUCCUUGCCGGAUGGGCUCGUCAGCAGCGGUCGUGUCUGAGGACAGCAACAGAAGAUGAUCACGAACCAGCAGAAGCCGUGGAGAUAGGCCUGGCAGAGGAGACUCUUCCUAUUAUUAGCCUCUGAUCGUUUGGCAGAGCCACAAACACCUGGAGUUUUGUGUGCAGUUUGGCGUGCAUCUAUUUCCUCCCAGCCUGCGGCCCUGCAGCGUGGCCUCUACAAACCUCUCGUCUCGUCGUCAUAAUUUCGUCCAGGGGGAUAAAUGAGUGAACCGGUUGAAAGGGGAAGGGCUGGAACAUGUACCAGAACCCUGACAGAAUGUCCUGGUUCAGUGGUCUCCUAGUUGCCAGAGUGGACGACCGCAAGACUGCGUGGGGAGAGCGCAAUGGCAAGAAGUCCAAACGGAAGGGAGGCUCUUCUUUCUGCAGCCCGCGUUACAUGAGCUGUCUGCGGGACCCGGAUGCUAUGGAGCCCCCUUCCGGAGCCCCUCUCCAGCAGCACCAUCGUGGAGGGGUGGCCGGAGCCAUGGGAGGCGGGGGAAACUUCGGUGUCCGCUGUGGAUGGCAGGAGGACCACUAUGGCAAAAGGGACUGUGCCUCUGGGGAAGGGGUGGGGCUCAAAUCGGUGGAUUUGGGCUUUGAGGACGGGGAUCUGAAAGGGCGGAAAGGCGGGUGCAACGGAGGCAGCGGUGACAUGAGCAACAACGGUCCCAACGGCGCCGGAGGGGUGAUGACGGCUGCGGACUGCUGGCUCAGGGUGGUGCGGGUGUUCCAGUCGAAAAAAUUCCAGUCCCGCAAACUGGAGCGCCUAUACCAGCGUUACUUCUUUAGGCUGAACCAGAGCUCCCUGACCAUGCUCAUGGGGGUGCUUGUGAUCGUGUGCGGCAUCAUGCUGACCUUCCACUGUGUCCACGCCGCUCCUCAUGUGGCCUACUCGUCAGCCCUGUCGGUGGCCAUGGCGCUCUUCAUGGCUCUCAUGGUGGUGUGUAACCGCAACGGCUUCCACCAGGACUACAUGUGGAUGGUCAGUUACCUGGUGAUCGGAGUCUUGGUGUCGGUACAAGUGUUCGGGGUGCUUAUGGUGGCGCCCAGGAGUGCUUCAGAAGGAAUCUGGUGGUCUGUGUUCUUUAUCUACAUCAUCUACACUCUGCUGCCUGUGAGGAUGAGGGCAGCGGUCCUGAGCGGAGCGGUGCUGUCCAUCAUACACGUGGUCACAACGUGGCAGAUCAAUCAGGAAGACAAGUUCCUCUGGAAACAGGUGAGUGCUAACGUCCUCAUAUUCCUGUGCACCAACAUCAUCGGCAUCUGUACCCACUACCCCGCUGAGGUUUCCCAGAGACAAGCCUUUCAGGAGACCAGAGGCUACAUCCAGGCCAGACUUCAUCUGCAGAGGGAGAACCAGCAGCAGCAUUCUGUUUGCAGACAUCGAGGGUUUCACCAGCCUGGCGUCUCAGUGCACGGCUCAGGAGCUCGUCAUGACGCUCAAUGAACUUUUCGCCCGUUUCGACAAGCUGGCUUCGGAGAAUCACUGCCUCCGGAUCAAAAUUUUGGGCGAUUGUUACUACUGUGUGUCGGGGCUGCCCGAGCCCCGGGCCGACCACGCCCACUGCUGUGUGGAGAUGGGCGUGGACAUGAUCGAGGCCAUCUCGUUGGUGCGCGAGGUGACGGGGGUCAACGUGAACAUGCGCGUGGGCAUUCACAGCGGGCGUGUGCACUGCGGCGUGCUGGGUCUCAGGAAGUGGCAGUUCGACGUGUGGUCGAACGACGUCACGCUCGCCAAUCACAUGGAGGCGGGAGGCAAAGCAGGGCGGAUCCACAUCACCAAGGCCACCCUGCAGUACCUGAACGGGGACUACGAGGUGGAGCCGGGCUUCGGUGGCGAGAGGAACGCGUAUCUGAAGGAGAACAGCAUCGAGACCUUCCUGGUCCUCGGCUGCAGCCAGAAACGGAAGGAGGAGAAGGCGAUGAUGCAGAAGAUGCAGCGGACGCGAGCCAACUCUAACGAGGGGCUGAUGCCACGCUGGGUCCCCGACAGAACCUUCCCCAGAACCAAAGACUCCAAAGUCUUCAGACAAAUGGGGAUUGAUGAGUCCUCCAGUAAAGACAACCGAGGGGUUCAGGAGGCCAUGAAUCCAGAGGACGAGGUGGAUGAGUUUCUGGGGCGAGCCAUCGACGCUCGCAGCAUUGACCAACUCAGAAAAGACCACGUCAAGAAGUUCCUGCUCACUUUCCAGACCUCGAGCCUGGAAAAAAAGUAUUCCAAGAAAGUAGAUGACCGCUUUGGAGGCUAUGUUGCCUGUACUCUGCUGGUGUUCUGCUUCAUAUCGUUCAUUCAGAUUGUUAUCUUUCCACACACCCCAGUAAUGCUGGGAAUCUACAUCAGUAUCUUCAUCAUUCUCGCCAACAUCCUCUUCAUCUGUGCCAUAUACUCGUGCAUCAAGCUCUUUCCAGGUGCGAUGCAAACCGUCUCAAAGAAGAUCGUCCAGUCUCGCACCAACAGCACCCUGGUCGGAGUGUUCUCCAUCAUCCUCGUCUUCAUCUCCGCCUUCGUUAAUAUGUUCUCCUGCGACACCACAAGCUUGACGGCGUGCGUCGCUGAGAAGCUGAACGUCUCGGCGGCCCUGGUGACGCCCUGCCUGAUCCGCGGUUUGAACGUGUCCGUUGAGGGGGGGCUAGAGAUCUGUCCGAGCCGAGGUCCUUCCUGCCCGUUUCCUGAGUAUUUCAGCUACAGCGUGCUGCUGACGCUGCUGGCCUGCUCCGUGUUCCUGCAGAUCAGCAGCAUAGGGAAGCUGGCCCUCAUGCUGUUCAUCCAGCUCACCUUCCUGCUGCUGGUGGAGUGGCCACAAGUAGCACUGUUUGACAACGCAGACCUCUUUAUCACCUCCAAUGCCAUAGAUUUAAACAAAACUAACGCUACAUGGUCCAGUUUCAAUGAAACUACAAACCAGUGCCCAUUUGUUGUGACCAAAGUGUCCCUUCGGGUCAUGACUCCAGUGAUCCUCACAGUCUUUGUCCUGGCUCUGUACCUGCACGCACAGCAGGUGGAAUCCACCGCGCGCCUCGACUUCCUGUGGAAAUUACAGGCCACCGAGGAGAAGGAGGAGAUGGAGGAGCUGCAGGCCUACAACCGUCGCCUCCUUCACAACAUCCUGCCGAAGGACGUGGCCGCUCACUUCUUGGCUCGAGAGCGGCGCAACGACGAGCUGUACUACCAGUCCUGCGAGUGCGUGGCCGUCAUGUUCGCCUCCAUCAGCAAUUUCUCCGAGUUCUACGUGGAGCUGGAGGCCAACAAUGAGGGAGUGGAGUGUCUCCGGCUGCUUAACGAGAUCAUCGCAGACUUCGAUGAGAUCAUCAGUGAGGAGAAGUACAGGCAGCUAGAGAAGAUCAAGACCAUCGGCUCCACCUACAUGGCGGCCUCUGGCCUUAAUGACUCUACGUAUGACAAAGAGGGCCGCACUCACAUCACUGCACUAGCAGACUACGCCAUGAGGCUGAGAGAGCAGAUGAAGUACAUCAAUGAGCAUUCCUUCAACAACUUCCAGAUGAAGAUAGGUCUGAACAUCGGGCCGGUGGUGGCAGGAGUGAUUGGGGCUCGGAAGCCUCAGUACGAUAUCUGGGGGAACACGGUCAACGUGGCCAGUCGCAUGGACAGCACAGGUGUACCUGACCGCAUACAGGUGACCACAGACCUCCACCAGGUGCUUGCAAACAAAGGCUACGUCCUGGAGUGCCGCGGCGUUGUUAAGGUCAAAGGCAAAGGGGAAAUGACCACCUACUUCCUGAACGACGGGCCUCCCAACAGUUAGCAGCCACGGCGGCGGCGGCGGCGGUAGACGCCGGGACAAUCUCCCCUCCAGAUGGACACGGCAGCAUCACUGAGCGAGCACUCACAAUGCGAGCGGACCGCUAAAAGAACAAUCGCCAUCACUUGAACCCCUCCCCCGAGCGCAGAGGAAAAGGUUUCAGACUCCAGGAGGAGCGUGUUCUCAGCGAUAGGAGGAACGUCCACGUUGGACGGCCACUCGGGCCCUCGUCUGUGUGGAAGGACGCGUGUUUGUUCUCAUGUCUAGCCUCUCUCUCAGGCUUCUUGAAAGAUGCAAAGUCUGUUUAUUUAAAAACAAACGCCUUUUAGCCUGUGUUAAAAAAACAAAAGAAGAAUAACGCUGUACAUAAGGCUACCUUAUUUUUCAUUUUAAUUUGUCUUUUUUUUUGGGUCAUUUUUAAUUUCACAUGAAUUUUGAACAGGUACUCUUGCUUUGUUUCUGCAUUAAUUAUUUAUUUGAAUCUCGAUGUUUUGUGCUAAAAGGUCCUUUAUGAAAACGUGUGAACACAUGCGCGCACAAAUAUCCAGUUUAUUACACGUUGAUAAGUGUGUAUUUACAUGCAUAUUUGUGUGUGAAUGACUAUAUGUAUAAACUGAGGAGGAAUAUAUUGACCAAAGACUAAAGUAUUUACUAAAAGCAAGGCAAAACGUUGAUAUGUUCUCGCUAAGGUCAGCCAUGAUCACCACCUCUAACCCGCGGGCGGAGCGCCUGAAACUCUCCACCUUUCCACCCAAACCUCUGGCAGUGAAGGCUGCGCCGCCACUUUCAUAGAACACAAAAAGUUGAUUUAUUUAGACCGCAGACAGCAGAUUUUUAACUCUUGAAUGAUAAAAUUCCCCACAAUCGUUUUACCAGAUUAAAAAGAAAGAAAGAUUACAGACGACCAAGCUCCUGAAUUUUUUGUUUUUGUUUUUUUGAGAAAGAACCAGCUCCAGGCCAGUUCUUCUUCCUCCUCGGUUCAGGUUUGGUUCCUGAGCAGCCGGUGAUCGACGCCGGCGGCUCGUUCAGAGAGGUACGCUUUGGUGGAAGUCAAAGGAACAUAUCAGAUUUGUCGGGUAGAAGCGGGCUUAAACGUUUGGAUUUCAACGCCGUGGCGCCACGCAGCCUGAUUCUUCUAUGAAGAAGAAGACAGAGGAGAGAAAUAUCUUGAUUUUGACUGAAUACUGUGCUUUGUAAUCCUGAAGGGGCAUAACUAUUUUCACUGUGAGGUUUUUAUGAUACAACAAAACUGCUUUCUUGCCAAACAUAACUGCUUCAGAGCAUGUCUUACUGUGGUUUGUUUGUUUUUUUUUUCUUUUUCUUUUAUGUUUUAUUUCUUUUCUUUUUCGUUUCAGCGUAGGGUAUUUUGUAUAAAUUCUGUACCCAUAAUUUGUAUAUUCUUAGUGUUAUUAUUAUUAUGAUGUUGAUGAUUCUGGUUAAUUAUUAUGCUUAAUAUGAUGAUUUCAUUCCGAUGAAAAAGGAUAAAAAAGAACAGCACUUUUAAUUUUAUUUUUUGUUGUUGUAAAAAAAGAGAAGCCAGUUUUUAAAGCUCAAGCUCGCUGGUACUGACGGAUCAACUGCAGCUGACCGAGUUCUGCUGUUUUUGACGUCAGGACAAAUGAGGUCACGACCUUCGCAGCAGAACUAAAAAAAAAAACGGUGUUUGGUCCAAAAACCAAAAAAACCACAAAAAAUAAAUGAAGCAAAGCAAGAAGUAAAAUGCACGCCGUGUAAAGAGGGACGAGGCAGGAUAAGCAGGCUGGCGUCGUCUUGCAUCGCUCCCUCCGAUUCUUCAUUUAGCAAAACGUAUUGCCUUAAGUUAAACGAGAACUGGUCCUAGGGUCACGCCAGCGAGACGCGCGCCUGCUCACCGUGCCGAGGCACGGACGGAGGGAGGAAAAACGGGGGAUAAGGGCUGGUAGUUUUCAGGGAACCCACUCAUCGCUGCAGUGAUCUCUGAGCGCAGCUAGGAAGAACCAGCACCAAUGAAGCUCUUCCCUCACACUCAUCGCUGGCAGAAAAACACAGACACACACACACAAACAGUUGAUCAUGUUUGUACCAAAGCCAGCUACUGCAGCCUCGUGCUACUGGUCUCCUGUGCAAUGUUUGGGGUUUGGGGCGUGGUGGGAGCUCCAGAGGUCAGAACUUUCACACGAACUGUGACCGACGAAGGCAGGUUUCUAGGACAGACAUGAGUUUAUAAAGGCGUUCAUUGUAUGUAUUCUAUUUCUACUGGUUGUCCAUAGACUUGUGUUGAUUGUUAACUCUUGGAAUGAGUUUUCUUGUUUUGUUUUUUAUUGGGGAGGUGGGGAAUAGGAGCAGGGAGGAAUGUUGCCCCACAUACUACUGAAACAGUGUUCUGCUCAGGCCUGAUGAAUCCUUCCGUAUUCAUUUUCUUUCCCUUUUUGUUUUCUUUGUAUUUUCCUUGAGUUGGAGGAGUUGAAAAAUGGGGGUGUUUUUUUAUUUUAUUUUAUUUUUUUGCUAAGCUGCAAAGUUGGGAAGAGUUAAAGAUUAUGACAAAGAGAAAAAUAACAGUUCCCCUUAAAGAAAAAAAUAAAACUGAAAAAACAUACA